GCUCCACCCAACCACCACAAACACCGGCCUGCUCUCUCUUCACCACCCACUCCCCUCGCCCACCCCUUUCCGCCCGCAUCGACGCCGCGUCGCUCCGCGCUCCUUUCCAUUCAUCCCGCUCCGCCGCGCGUCCAAGCUUCGUCGCUUCGGCGCAUGUGAUCCGCCCGUCUCGUGGCACCAGGCCCAGCAGCAGCAGCAGCCUCAGCUUGCCGAACUUCACUAAACACAGCUGCACCUGCGCCGGGACUUCUACCACCCCCCGCGCGCUGCACAUUCACUCAGGAGCUCAAUGGAACGCCGAUAGAAAUGAACAGCCUCAGCUCUCUUGCGAGGCUCACCACGCCCAGUGCUUCUCCGCCGCGAUCGCGUCAAAGCUCCUCGGCGCAAGUGGAAACGCUGCGCUCGCUGAACGACACAUCUGAUCUCGAUCUGGACUCACUAUCGGAGAAGCUGGGUCACGGGGGCGAGUAUGAGGUCAGCAAAGCGGGCGACGACGACGCGCGGGACACAGAACAAUGGGCCUCGGAGAAGACGCCUUUGUUGGACGGCGGCGACACUGGCGCAUCUGGCGCUGAAGGACGAGCAUCGCUCUGGUCGCUUCCGCAUCGCAUUGGCGCUGCCAUCCUCUACAGCGUCGAGCUAGUCAUUUCCACCAUUACUGCGCCCGGCCGAUACGUGAUUGCCUGCUUCUACGACGAGGACGGCCAGUUCGCUACUCUUCUACCCUUGACGCGCUUCAAGAAUAUGAUCACCCGGCAAAAGAGACGAAAGUCCGCUCGACAGGUGGGUCUGCGGGCCGAAACGGACGAGGACGAGAAGACACAUUUGCGGAGAAAAGGGACGAGCAGGCGAUCACCCUCUGUGGACAGUAAUGCGUCGACCGUAUCGUAUGGCACAUCGGACGGAGAAGGAGAAGAUUCUCCUGCGCGUCAUACCCGAUCCAAGUCGAGUGUCUCGCAGCAGGGCAGCGAAGGCCUCCCCAAGAAGAGCAUUCGCAUUAAAGAGAACAGCUUGCGGAAACGCAAAGAUACCAGGUUACGCACCAAAGCCGCCAGUCCAGACGAUGCUGCUGCUGUGGCACCCAUGCUGAAGUCCCCCAACUCACCCACCGUUUCCAAGCUGAAGUAUCCUCGAUCUCCUGCCACGCCGCGGCCUCUGGUCCCACGCAGACAACCCAGCUACAUUUUAUCGUAUUCGUCGAACACGCCGAAGAAGACAUUGAUCAUUGACCUCGACGAAACAUUAAUCCACAGCAUGGCGAAGAGCAAUAGGAUGUCGACGGGGCACAUGGUGGAAGUACGAUUGAAUGGUCAAGUCAGCUCCUCCGGAGUUCAGAUCGGCCCCGGCGUGCCAAUCCUUUACUACGUGCACGAGCGACCUGGAUGCCAUGAGUUCUUGAGAAAGGUUUCCAAGUGGUACAACCUGAUCGCCUUCACGGCCAGUGUGCAGGAGUAUGCCGAUCCCGUCAUCGACUGGCUCGAGAGAGAACGCAAAUACUUCAGCGGGCGUUACUAUCGACAACACUGCACGUAUCGUAAUGGCGCAUACAUAAAGGAUCUCGCUCAAGUGGAGCCGGAUCUGAGCAAAGUUAUGAUUUUAGACAACUCACCCAUGAGUUAUAUUUUUCACGAAGACAAUGCGAUACCCAUCGAAGGCUGGAUCAGCGACCCUACAGAUCACGAGCUGUUACAUAUUAUCCCACUUCUCGAAGGUCUGCAGUACUGCACUGACGUGCGUGCGCUCCUGGCUCUACGACAUGGCCAAGCACAGCAAGCGUGACGAAAUACUGAAUCUCAGGGCACUGGCGAAUGCCGUCCGUUCUUCCUUCGGUCUUGACGAAAAAGCAUUGCAUUCAACAUACUUGGCAGUCAUUGUCUCGGUUGGCGCGUCUUCGUCUUCCUCAAAUUUGACAUAUUUAUGAUACCAGAAGCGGGAGAGCGAGAGUGUAAGGUGGGCUGAAGAAAUUGAAAAGAGAAAGGAAUCACAAGCAACGACAGCUGUUGGCACGCGGUUGUGACUUCAAGCAUAGCGACGGCGCGGACGUAAUUUGGUGUUGAGUAGGAAAAGAGGCCGCGUGUGGCGUGCGCACCUUAUAGAUGGGAAGGACAGAGAGACGACUGUUGCAACGAUAUCUGUACUUUACGUCGAUGGCGUGUACGAAAUGGAAUGCUUGUGGUGAUGAACUGUGUGGCCACUUCCUCAGAGGUCGCGAGGGCAUUCGUUCCCGCGUUGAAUGCCAUGCCAACACAUUGUACUCAGGAUUAGCAAGCUUCAUCACUGCACUCUCUUUGCUGAGCGGCGGCCGCUAUUCCAGAAACACCAGCCACGUGAAGUUGACACCCCAGCGGAGAUCGCUCCACUUGGAAGCAGGCACCUUAUUUUCACCUCUUCCUCAUCUCGUUCAGCCGCA